AUGGCGUCCAAUUCAGAAGACGAAGUUAUGAACAAUAUCUCCGAUGUUGAGGAGGAUGAUGAUCUAUUUGGAGAUGUUCCCGACGAGGAACCAGAGACUGCACCACCUCGAUUGUUGAGCGACGCGGAAUUGGAUUCCGGAGACGAUGAGGGACGCGAUGAUAGAGCGCCAAAUAAGGAAGAUGAUGAAGAAUUACCAGCUGAAGACACUCGAAAUGCGCGCAUUCUCGAGGCCGAUAUCUUCAGGCAUCCAGUCCCUAGGCCUUCAGAUGGAGAAUUUCAUACGUUCCGCCUACCCAAAUUCUUUGGUAUUGAACCCCGAGAAUAUAAUCCUGAAACUUUCGAAAUUCCCAUCUCCGAUCAUCAUGUCACUACUCAAUCAGCAAAUUUCUCCGCGAGGAGUGUAGCUGAAUCAACGAUUCGCUAUCGCAAGACAGAUUCUGGUAAACUCGAAAGCAAUACAAAUAUCUACACAUGGAGCGAUGGAAGUACUACUUUAGCAAUUGGUGAUCAGCACUAUGAGUUACAAAGCAAACCUCUUGCGCCAGCCAAGGAUAACAAGUAUAACGAAGUAUUAGACUCGCAUUAUUAUAUGGCUUCACCUUCAGUCACAUCACAGAUUCUCGUCGUCGUCGGACACAUGACCAAUGAGUAUACAGUCAGACCAAACAAAGAUAUUGAAGAUGAUGCUCUAAAUAGGUUGAAGAAAAAUUUUGCUGCAGCUACUGGUCUAGAAGGAGGCGAAAAGAAACGCCUGAAUAUGAUCGUCAAAAACGAAGAUCCGGAACUCCAAAAGAAGCGAGCAGAGACAGCAGAAAAGGAACGUAUGCGUGCCCAACGUCGUCGGGAAGCUCAACUUGAAAGAGCCAGUCAAUCAACUGGACGCCGUCCAGGUAUUGGUGCAGGUCUCACCCUUGAUGAUUUGGAUGGUCGUUCUGGACGCCGUGGACCACGCAAACCUGCUGGAGCCAAGCGUCCUCGUCGCAGACCAGAGUAUGAUUCGGACGAUGACCUUCCUCGUGGAAGAAACCGUGAGGAUGAGUAUGAUAAAGAGGAUGACUUUUUGGCAUCUAGUGAUGAGGAACUUGAGGAAGGUGGAGGGGACGAUGAUGACGAAGAAAUACUUGAUGAAAGUGACGAGGCCCCUAGACACAAGAAGCAAAAGACGUCGAAACCUGCCGAAGAGAGCGAUGCCGACGCCGAUGCCGAAGCUGAUCUGGACGAUGAUGAAGUUGUUCAAGCUCCACAUGCGGAAGUUGGUGGAAAUAGGAGAAAACGUAACAUCAUUGAGGAUGAUGAUGAUGAAUGA